GUUAGUGGCACAUUUUCCACGUGUCUGGAGACUUGGUGUAAUAAGUUUGGCAACAAUUGGCUUUAAGCCAUUCACCGUUUUUAUGUUUGAUGGCACUUAUUUGGCUCAUUUUGAAUGAAAAUGGAUUAUAAUUUUAUUGUUAGUUUUUACUUAUGCAAUGAAAAAAAUUUUUUUUAAAAUUUUGUUAAGGCGUAAUAUUCUAAAAUUCUGCGCGUUUAAAUUGCUAAAAUAAAAUCAAUUUAUUAUUCAAUGAAUCCGGAGUUCAAAAAUUUUGUUUGCAUUACAUUUAUUUUAUUUUGUUAGGGAACUGACGAAGAAUUUGCGGAAGUUGUAAGCUCGUCUGGAAUUUUAAUAUAACAUUUAAAUGAAGACGUACUCAAGAAAACAAACUUUUAAAAUGUUUAGUAAUAUCUUCUUAAAAUACAUAUAAAGCAUUCUGAACUGUAAAGAUAUGAUAGAAAUUUUAUUUAAAAAUACUUAAACUGAUGCUUAGUGAUUAUAUUCAUGUGCGUGCUAAAAAUAAUGUGGAUACGUAUGUAUUAAAAAUGAACAUUAAUUCUAUUCAAAUAGAAAUAGGAAUGCAUGCAUGACUAUGAAUUAUUAAGCUCAAAAACUAACAACGGUUUUCAAAUAAUUGACCGUGUGCCACUCAUAAAAAAAAAAAAAAAAAAAAAAAAAAAAAAAAAACAUCACGCUGAACUUUAAUUCUGUUGCUAAAAUUUUCAUAGAAAAACACACAUUCUGCAUUAAGUUUAUUUGAAUAAUAUGCGGGUGGAAAAAUGAUGUUAAUAAAUAUAAUUACCUGCAACAUACGAGUUGUAGUUGCAUUAUUAGCUAUUUAGUGCUGUAUCUAAAGAUUGUGAUCAUAUAUAUGAACUGAUGACUUUAUUGAAGAUGAAAGAAAAAAAAUUAGAUUACGGUGCGAAACUAUAUUAAAAAGUGUGAAAAAUGUUGACAGAUGGAUUAGCGUGUUAAGAAAUCAUAUCAUCUACACAAAGAGAACAUGACGUGUGGUCGUGUUAGCCGGCUGUCUAGGCAACGGUCUUUGAUGACCUUUGUAGCUCUAGCAUCAUUUAUGGCUCAAGGUCUUGUUUACGGAUGGGAUUUUCCAACGCGCCAAGCAAAAAUAUCUAUACCACUCGAUUUCCCUCUGCACGUGCCCUUCUACAGAGUUCUAGUAGUGCCGGACAUUACGGAGCUUGCUGAAAGUCCUUCAGUAGAAUUAUCGAUUUCAAAAAUACGAACUCAUGUUGGAAAUGCUACUGAUUUUCGAAACGUCCGGGUGAAGCCACUGGUGGAAAUCGGUCUAAACAAUGGAUCGUUAUGGUUGGUUCGAAAACCAGCUGAUCUAAAACUGUUCGAAGAUCCUCCUCAAGGUAAAGAGAAAUAUCAUAUCACUGUCAACAUCACCGUAUCAGGAGAAACUAAGUCUACUGGAGUGACAAAAAAAGCGGAAGUUCUUCUCACUCUUUCAGGAAUCAUGAAAACGUUUUGCCAACCAUCUGAGCGCUCUUGCUUCAUGAAUUCUAAUUCCAAAUACAACCUUCCAGAAGAAAUCCAAGUAAAGACAGUGUUCGAUCAUUUGCAAAAUCCGAGUUAUUUCAAGUUUUGCCCAAGCUCCACUGUAGUAUAUAGUGUUGUAGAAGGAGAAAGUUUCAUCCAAAUAAAGAAGCAAACGGGAGAAUUAUCAACAACGUCUCUACUAAAGACAGUAUCAUCAGAAUCUUUUUCUUUUAAAGUGUCCUGUGCAGUAGAUGACGCAACAUUUGACAUGAAUGGACGCAUAAAAACCAUCGACACCAACAACAAUCCACCGUUGCUGCAGGACGGCAAUAGUUCCAAAACUGAAAUACGUUAUUUAAAACCAGGUGAAAAGUGGGUGAGUUUCAGUGUAAAUGUCAUCGACAAGGAUUCAAAAGCCGUGAAUGAUUUGGUGGUCAGAAUCGAAAAUGACAGCCUCAACCUGUUCAGGGUGAAGAAUAUUAAGAUUUAUGAGAUUCUGAACACAGGCCAUAGUACGUUUUUCUACGCAGAAAUAGUUCCUCAGCGAGCUCUAUCAUUUCCUGGGGAUUAUUAUAAUUUCACUGUGUUCAUAGAAGAUAAAUCCUAUAUACAUGGAAAUAGCAUGGUGGAAUUCAGCUUUUCAGUGAUCAACCAAACGCAAACUGAGCUUCCAUUCGAAGAAGUGUAUCAGAUAAACAUAUCUAGAAAUGCUGGCCAAUAUUCAAGACUGAUUCAACUGACAAAAUAUAACUAUUCGAGACGAUUUCGUUUUUCUAUUGGCACUCAUCAUCUAGAUUGGUUGGGUAUCACGGAGCAAACGGGAAUAGUUUACGUACGUGAUCGUUUGCUCAUGCCAACCGAAACAGAUACGAGAAGAGUGAUUUGGACUACAAAAAAUGAAACAUCAGAAAGAUCGGGAAGCAUUUUAUUGGACAUAACUAUACUAGAAGAUAAUUCUACAAAUACUUGCAGUGAAGAAUUCUGGUGUUCCUACUAUUCUGAGCAAUCAGACUGCAUUGACGCAUGUGGUAUGGGUUCAAAUUCUGGCCACUGUCUUUGGAGGCCAGGGUCACUCACAAAUACUGGACCUCGACCAAACUAUUCGACUUGUUCUCCAGAAUUCUCAUUUUGCCCAGAUGGUGUGUGUGAUGAACUUGAACAAAUAGAACCUAAACUCUGUCCACAAGAUUGCGCAAGUCAAGUAACUGGGGAAGCAACUAUGCAUUCGAACGGACGAGGCAUAUUUCUGGCCGUGGGUACUUGUUCUUGUCAAACAACAGACCGCUGCAAAUGUAUCCGUGUUUAUCCACCUCCGAGCGAAAUGAGAAGACCUAAAAUGUUCCGUAAAUCAAACAUUUUGUCAUUGCCGAAAGAUAUCAACGCCACAGAUGAUGAAAAUGUGUAUGUUGAAGUGAGAGGGGUAACAUCCAAUUCGAAUGAUGCCAUUCCACCCCUCGCAGGACCCUUCAUAGAUGGUACCUGUGGAGCAGCAUGCAUUCUCAUAGCAACAAUGGUGCCAUUUGGCCUCAUAAUGUUCAUCGUCAUCUUCAUUUUAGCGAGAAAAUUGAAAGCAAAAAGUUUGGUCAGACACAAGUUUGUUGGUGGAAGUCACAUAUCUUUAUCUGCUGUUCCUUCUGACUACGUUGAAGAGGGGUCUAAUUCCAUCCAAGAGUCAAGAAAUACUCCAAGUGAAACUGCGAGCUUUGGCAAAACAGCUAUUGAAACAAAGUGGGAGUUCCCAAAAAACAAACUACAGUUCACUUGUCUGUUGGGAGAAGGUGAAUUUGGUAAAGUAAUGAGAGCAGAGGCAUGGAAUAUAGCCGGUAAUAAGGGCUAUACCACAGUUGCCGUUAAAAUGCUAAAAGAAAAUGGUGGGGUUGCUGAAAGACAAGAUCUUUUCACGGAGUUCUUGCUUUUGAAAGAAAUUUCCCAUCCAAACAUUGUGAGACUCCUAGGAGCAACAGUAGAAAAAAACGGAGAGUUCUUGCUUAUUGUUGAGUAUGCAGAAAUGGGAUGCUUAAAAAAUUACCUAAGGAAACACCGUCGCUAUAACAGCUGUUGCAGAUCUAACGACAUGGGCCAUACUAAACCAGAAAAUGUAGAAUUGCUAGGAAAUUAUUAUCGAUAUCCUUGUGAGAGAUCCAGGCACGAACCUCGGCACAGCUAUUUUCACAAAGAGCAACUCUCGUUUGCCUGGCAGAUUGCCAAAGGAAUGGCAUAUUUAUCAGAUUUAAAACUUGUUCAUAGAGAUUUGGCAACUCGAAAUAUUUUGCUGGCAAAACAAAAAGUUGUCAAAAUUUCGGACUUUGGUCUAUCAAGAGACGUGUACGAAGGGGAAACUUAUUUAAAAAGAAGCAAGGGGAAAGUUCCAAUAAAGUGGAUGGCUAUUGAAUCCCUUGAAGAUCAACUUUAUACCUCUCGAAGUGAUGUGUGGUCAUUUGGAGUUGUUCUGUGGGAAAUCAUGAUGAAUGGAGCGAGUCCUUAUCCUGGAAUAACACCACAAAGACUAUAUAAUCUUUUAAAAGCUGGAUACCGAAUGACGAAACCAGAUUACUGUCCAGACGAAGUAUAUCUCCUUAUGAGGCAGUGUUGGAGAGCAAUACCACGUGAGCGGCCGUCUUUCAAGGAAUUGGUUUUAAAAUUAGAUUUCGUACUCCAAGACACUGUUCAAAGUGGAUACUCAAUAAUUGUGUGUGAAGGCUACGGCUAUAAUGGUCAACUUAACCUAGCCUCUCUCUCGUGCUACCGAUUAAGCUUAGCUUAA